UAACAAUAAUGAAAAUGAUAGUAUCAACAUCUGCUUUCAUUCUUUCUUUGUUCCUUCUGCUCUCCCUUUCAGCAUCAGCUCAUGGUGAAACUGAAACUACUCUCCAAUGUCUUCUGCACCAUUCUCAUCCUUCCCAUCCAAUCUCCGAAGCAGUUUACACUGCAACCGACGUUUCGUACUCCUCUGUCUUGCAGUCUUAUAUUCGAAAUCUUCGAUUCAACAUGUCCACCACCCCAAAGCCUCUCUUUAUCCUCACUGCAUUGCAUGAAUCUCAUGUCCAAGCUGCCAUUGUUUGUGCUCGAAAGCAUGGCUUGCAAAUGAAAAUCAGAAGCGGAGGUCAUGACUACGAGGGUAUUUCUUAUGUCUCAGAAGUUCCCUUCUUUAUUCUCGACAUGUUUAAUCUGCGGAGAAUAAAUGUCGACGUGCAGAGCGAGACCGCUUGGGUUCAGGCUGGGGCAACUCUCGGUGAAGUUUACUAUAGAAUUGCUGAGAAAAGUAAAGUUCAUGGCUUUCCAGCUGGUGUUUGCCCUACAGUUGGCGUUGGAGGUCAUCUGAGUGGCGGUGGAUAUGGAAACAUGAUGAGAAAGUACGGACUUUCUGUCGAUAACAUCGUUGAUGCUCAGUUGGUGGAUGUCAAUGGCAGACUUCUUGACAGAAAAUCUAUGGGAGAAGAUCUUUUCUGGGCUAUAUCAGGUGGAGGAGGAGCUAGCUUUGGAGUAGUUCUCGCAUAUAAAAUAAAACUUGUUCGAGUUCCAGAAAUAGUAACUGUGUUCCGAGUUCGGAGAACUUUAGAACAGAACGCAACAGACAUUGUGUAUCAAUGGCAACAAGUUGCACAUAAGCUUGACGAAGAUCUCUUCAUCAGACUUACCCUAAAUGUCGUUAAUGGGAGUCGAAGUGGUGAAAAGACGAUAAGGGCUACAUUUCUAUCUCUGUUUCUUGGAGAUUCUGCGAGACUUGUUUCAUUGAUGAACUCAAGCUUUCCUGAACUUGGUUUGGUUCAAUCAGAUUGUAUCGAAAUGAGUUGGCUAGAAUCAGUCCUGUACUGGACAGAAUUCCAAAUCGGUACACCAACUACUGCUCUGCUCAGUCGAACACCUCAAGUAUUAACCCACUUGAAGAGGAAAUCAGAUUACGUUAAAAAACCAAUUCCAAAAGUUGGCCUGGAAGGAAUUUGGAAGAAAAUGAUGGAGUUGCAGGUGCCAGCGCUGACGUUCAACCCUUAUGGUGGGAAAAUGGCGCAAGUUCCUGCAAAAGCUACUCCAUUUCCUCAUCGAGCUGGGAAUUUAUGGAAGGUUCAGUAUAUGACAAACUGGAAUGAAGAAGGAACAGAGGCAGCAAAUAACAACAUAGAAUUGACGAGGAAGCUCUACAAUUAUAUGACUCCAUUUGUAUCCAAGAAUCCAAGGCAAGCAUUUCUUAACUAUAGAGAUCUUGAUUUGGGUAUCAACCAUAAUGGGAAGAAAAGCUACUCAGAAGGGAAAGUUUAUGGGAUCAAAUACUUCAAGGGUAAUUUCAAAAGGUUGGUGCAGAUCAAGACAAAGGUUGAUCCUGGCAAUUUCUUCAGGAAUGAACAGAGCAUCCCAGUUUUUCCAUAUUGGAAGAAAUAGGAUUUGCAGGGUGUUUGUUUUUAUGGAUUUAUAGUUAUGUGAUUGUUUGAAUUUGCACAUAAGCAAGUAUUGUUUGUUUGA